AUGUUCCGCUCGGCCAAAGUCAUAUCCGUCCGUCUGAAGUCUCGGCCAAAGUUCCAAACCGACCGGCCGAUCACGCAUCACGACCCGGGAAACAUCCCGCGGUCGGCCACGCCACAACUCCACGCCACGCCGCGCACGACCAUGCCGCGCGAGCCGGGAACAAGCCUCGCGGCCGCGCAACCCUUCGCGUACCACGGCCGAUGCAUCCGUCCGAGCCGGGAAAACGUCCCACGUCCGGCCGAGAAACCAUCGGCCAAAUCUCAUCCCUCCGACCACGCCGGCCGACCGAGAAUCAUCCGGCCACGACCGUUCCGACUCGCCCACGACGAUCCGACUGUCCGGCCGAUCGUCCCGACCGACCGUCCCAACGCCGCGGUCGACCCGAAGCCCGUUUUGAAGCCCGAUUUCAUAUUUUCAAGCCCGGCUUAA